UGAACGCCACGGUUUGUCGUCGUUAGAAUAACACUGGUCCGUGCUCGGAGUCUCUGUCACUGUCGCGGAUGCUCUGCUACCACCAGAAAACAAACAUUACCGGUAUCUGCCGAAUCUCUCGUAUUGCAGUAGGAUGUAACGUGUAGAUUACUAAUAGGAUACCGCGUCCAUCUACUGGGGCUAAACAGCACGAUCAAAAAAGGACGGAAAGGAUAUGUAAAAUUUGAAAUUCAUCUGUUUGGGGGCAGCCUCCAGGGCUGUAGUUUCACACGAGUCGGGAACAUGUUCUAGAGGAGAGACUGCAUAGCAAAGAUGAAAAGCUUAGGGGCCAACCGAAACCGCCACCUAUCCGACUCGUGCGGUCCCGCGGCGGGUCCCCAAGAGCCGAUAUGCCCCCUGACCCCGGACCCCCACACCACAUACCUGCUCACCCCCGCCAUCAACCACUACGGCACCCUGGACCAGCAUAUGCACGCCUUCCCCCCGGCCAGCCCCAUCGCACUGCAGCCUGACUGCCUGCUGCCACUCAGUGCCCAGCUGACCAAUAGCAGCGCCUUUCCGCACUUCCAGUUCCCUGCCCAGCCACAGGUAGGGCUCUUGUCAGAGUUCGCAUGGCAGCAGGGUUGCUUGAUUCAGCCAGGCAGUCGCCCGAGCCCCCUCACCACCUCUAUGCCCAUGGGCAUGGGCCUGGGCCUGGGCCUGGCAGCACCGCCCAUGAUUAGCAGCGGCACGGCGACCAUCUCGUCAGCGGCGGCGGCCAAGAUGAACCGUCUCCCGGCGAGCCUGCUGGACCAGCUGGAGCGGCACCUGCCGCUGCAGCGUGACGGCUUCAGCACGCUGCAGUUCCACCGGCGCAGCCGCGGCGCCAAGCAGCGCAGCGAGAGCCCCGGCCGCAUCCGCAACCUGGUGCACUCCGUGCAGCGGCUCUUCACCAAGGCCCCAGCAGGCGAGGGCUCCGCGGGCAAAGGCGGCCCCGGCGGCGGGCAGGGCGCAGACGGUGGCAGGGUGGCGUGGCGCAGCAAGAGCAAGGACCGCGCCAAGACGGAGGGUGCCAAGCGCCGGGCGCGGCCCAACCUCUCUGGGUUCUGGAGCUCGGACGACACGCUGGAGGAUGAGGCGGGAAGCCCGCCGAUGGCCGGGCAGGUGGCCGUCGCCUACCGCAACCCGCUCACCAUGAUGACGCUGGGCCGAGCAGUGUCGGACAGCCAGGCUGUGGCGCGGCCAAAUGUGCAGGGCUACAACACCAUCGCCACCCACUCGCUCAGGACGUCCCAGAGCAGCGGGGACCUGAAGCCCCAGGCUGUGGCAGCCAUGGCGGGAGUGGCGGCAGCAGGAAUGGGAGCAGGGACGGUGCCCCCUGCUGGAGGGCAGCAAGGGGAUGGCACGGUGGUGAAAAGGGGAUCAUGGUCCACGCUCACACUCACCCAGGCCAGACAGGUGGUGCAGAAGGGCACCGCCACAUUGAACCGGACACUGCUCAAAUCCAAGUCCUCCCACCAGGACCUGACCUGCAACUUCCUACAGGUGCCUCUGGGGGACAUGAGCGGGACGCUGGGUAAGGGGGGCGGCGGGGGGCCUGGGGACAUCCCAUGCCGGAGGAUGCGCAGCGGCAGCUACGUCAAAGCCAUGGCGGAAACAGAGGACAGCGACGAGUCCGAGGGCCCCCCCUCGCCAAAACCCUCGCCCAAAACGGCCGCACGCCGCCAGAGCUACCUGAAAGCCACGCAGCAAUCCCUCAGCGAGCAGCAACCACUCCCUCCACCUCGCAACUGUUUGCCAUCUCUGCGUGAGCUCUCCACCAACCGCAGCCUGGAUAACCUGGACUGUUUGGUGGGUCACAGUGAUGCCCAGCGCUGGGAGCCAGAGGGGAGGUUUGGGCAAAGCUGUUCCACCUUGGGCCGAAGCUCUGGCAUCAGCCAGGUGGACCAGCAGGGCUUCCUGUGCUCCAUGACCUGCGGCCAAGUAGAGUCCCAGGCGGUGGAGGCGCUGGACCUGCCCACGCCCUCCUGCUUCCGGUCGCGCAGCCACAGCUACCUGCGCGCCAUCCAGGCCGGCUGUUCGCAGGAUGACGACACCGCCUCCGUGGACUCGGACGAUCCCCUACCCCCGCCCCCAGCUCCCCGCCACACCUACGUCUGUAAGAAGACUCCGCCCCCAGUUCCUCCACGCAUCAAGCCCCUCAUAGCACUGAAUGUUCAGAGCAGCACCGAGUCUGCUCAGGACACCUACCUGGACAACCAGGACAAGCGCGACGAGGCCAACAGCCAGUCAGGACGCAGCAACUCCUCAGACAGCGUCACCAGCUCAAGGACGGGAAGCUUAGCCAAGGGCGCCAAGCGGCCGCCCCUGCUGCCCCAGGCCCCGAUUCCUGCCCCGCGGGAACCACCCUUGCCCCUGCCCAGUGCCAGGGUGAGCAGCCCCCCUCUUCCCUCCCCAGCUCCCGAGACUCCGCCCAUAAGCAUCACUCUCGUGACAGACGAACCCCAAGCUGCUCCCAGGCGAAAACUUUCAUCUAUCGGUAUCCAGGUGGACUGUGUGCAGCCUGUGCUGAGGGAGGAGCAGACCCCCACAACAAGGUUCCAGUCCAUUGGCGUGCAAGUGGAGGACGGCAGGCCACUCAGCCGCUACAGCAGUAUGGCGUCCCGACAGGAGACGACUGAGGUGGAGUCUCAAGACCAGGCAGACGGCAAGUCGGCACAGGAUGGCACCACCGGCUGUGGCACACAGACGCCAGGCUCGCCAGAGCGCGGCCAGCGCACACCAAACCCCUUGAAAGCUGCUGCCACCCGCUCCGUAUCAGGCUCCAUUCCAGAGAGCCUUGACCCGGCGCUGGACCCGUCCUCGCUGCCCCCUCCAGACCCUUCGCUCCAGAUUGGUGGGAGUGGGAGCUUGAAUGGGGCGGCGGAGCAGACUAGAACUCCAGCAGCGUGCCUCAGGGAUGGCCACUGGUUCCUCAAACUUCUACAAGCUGAGACUGGCCGCAUGGAGGCCUGGUGCCAGCAGAUGGAGCAAGAGGGCAAAGAGAAGCAGCUCUCAGAAGAGGUACUGGGGAAGAUCCGCAGUGCGGUAGGCAGUGCUCAGUUGCUCAUGUCUCAGAAGUUCCAGCAGUUCCGAGGCCUGUGUGAGCAGAACCUGGACACGGAUGCCCAGCCGCGGCCCACUGCGCAGGACCUGGCUGGUUUCUGGGACCUGCUGCAGCUCUCCAUAGAGGACAUCAGCAUGAAGUUCGACGAGCUGCACCUGCUCAAGUCCAAUGCCUGGAACCUGCCAGAGGACAGCAGCAAAAAGGAGGACAAGAAGCAACCGUCGGUGCAGACGCCGAAGAAAGUGGCGAAGGCCAAGUCGCCCGCCGCCAAGGAGAAGAGCAGUGGCGAGCCGAGCGCCGCCGACAAGCAGCGUCAGGAGGCCAGGAAGCGGCUGAUGGCAGCCAAGCGCGCUGUGUCUGAGCGGCAGAACUCGGCCACGGAGAGCGCCGACAGCAUCGAGAUCUACGUGCCUGAGGCCCAGACUCGGCUCUGAGAGAGCCUCCGCGCACACACACACACACACACGCACGCACGCACGCGCGCGCGCGCGUCCGCCCCUGCGUCUGCCUCUUUGCGACAGAAACGCAGGCUCCCACACAGGUGUCCCAGCGGCUCUACCAACACAAGCAAGGAGAUGAUUAAAGACAUGGAGCACAGCAAAAAAAAGAAUAUUAAUAAGAUUUUUUUUUUAAAGCAAACUGCUUUAAAGCACGGGGCACUCCCGUGUGACGGAUGCCACAGAAGAGCCCCCC